AUGUUCAACUUUAAAGCAAAUUCAGAUCUGACAACACCAAGCAAUUCUACAGACACGAUUGCUAUUCAAAUGCUAAAUUAUUGUAUUCAGAACGGAGAAGAUGUCACCCUUCAAUCAUGCUUGGAUUAUUUAAAAUAUUUUAAAAAUAAUUUGGAAACAGCGCUCUUAUUUAUGAUCAAGUAUCCAAAAGAGAUGCAUGAAAAAACAGGAAUGAGUAUUCACUUGGCUCGAAACAUACUUGAAGACUCUGAAUUUAAUCUGCUAUUGUGUCAAUCUAGGGUAGAGUUGGUGCUGAAACUAAUUCAUGAAAGUGGCCUUAAUUUUGAAUUUUCGUACCAAUGUCUUGUCGAGUUCAAUUGGAAUUACCCUAAUGCACUGUUGAGAGUGAAUAACAUGAAAAAUAAUGGAGAAAUUCCAGAGAGAGGUUUUUUACGAUCGUCAAAUGCAGAAGCAUCAAACACUUUUUUGACGACUAGUACCAAGCAAGAAGUACCUGUCAAUGCCCAAUUUGUAGCUCCAUCUGCUUUCAACACGUUAAAUUCAACAUUUAUUGCCGCUGAAACAGUGGGCUCUUCAUUUAUCAAGCACGAAACAAACACGUUACCAAGACAUAAUAUUGAAACAAAACAAGAGUCAAGCACUGUAUCAAAAAAGAAAACAAAGAAUGCACAUGAAAAAUCAGUGUCGAUUUGCCAACACCCUGGAUGCUCCAAUCCAGUCGAAAAGAACAGAAAGAAAUACUGUGAAUAUCAUGCCGCACGACCUUUGAAAAUUAAGGCCAUGGAAGUUGAUUUUGUCAAGUGUGUAUAUGAAGGUUGCACAAACCCUGUAGAAAAGGGUAGAAAGAAGUAUUGUAAGGAACAUGGAUAUUCAAAAAAUAAAUAG